AUGGGCCGGCCGCCCAAGAAAAGGACGCGGACAGAAGAUGAGGGGCCCAGCUGCCCAGCGCUAUCGUUUGCCGAAAUUUGGCCCAGUCCAGUUGACUCGCAACAAUCUUCAAUAGGGAUGAGUCCAAGCACAAUGGCCUUCUCAGACGCCGACCAUCUUUGUCCGCAAUUAUUCUGGCGGCCGGGUAUGCACACGAAUUUGCCACACUCCCAGUCCGCAGAUCAAUUGUCAGGCUAUGAAGACCACAACCAUACCUGGAGCCCAGACCGUUUGAAACAGCCAAAUCUUGGUGUUCCUGAAUCGUCUUCCCCUUGGCCUGAUUUUUCGGCCAUAUCCAAAGCCACGGCCAUGCCAAUGCCAUUCCCUACCCCUCCAGUCUUCCCUUCUACGCACUCUCUCCCGCUCUCUCCUGCCACCUCCGUUUCUUCCGACUCCACAACAUCUGGGUGUCCGUGUCUAUCAUACCUCUACCUAUCCCUCAGCCACAUGACGUCAAUUGCCUCCUUCCCCGUUAACUCCCACACCCUAUGCUCGCUAUAUAUCGCUGCGCGAACAGCACGAGACGUGAUCCGCUGCCAAGUUUGUCCUAAGGUCUUUGCAACGGGUCUUCAAAAUAUCAUGUUCAUAGGGACUCUAUUAACCGUCGUCGCGGACUCAUGGCUGCGCGUCUCACAAGCCGAUGCUGUCGAACUGGGGAUGCAGUCCGCGUCACCAGACUUCGUGUCUGAGGUGCUCCAAAGCCCUGACCCAGCACAAGUUUGGAAAAAAUGGCUCCACGACGUCGUUCGUCGCGCUGUCAUUGGUGGGUCCGUUGGGCCAGGUGCUAUGAUUGCUUGUUCUUGGCAGCCAGCUCUGCUAUCUAUGAUUAUUGAAAUCGAGAAUCGGCAACGCCGCUGGCAUGAACCUGGGCAACAUCCACUUGGAGAGUGUAAUCCAUUGUCCACGUCGGACUCAGCUCACUCAGAAGAUCAGGAUGAUCCUGCAGACAAGGAAUUUUUAUGCCUCCGCGUGGUUGGGAGUGCUAGAGAGGUGAUAAAAAAAUUCAACUUUGAUCCAUCAGAAUAUCCCGAGAGCGUUGAGCCGGUUACGGCGACGAACAAAGGGCACACGCAAUCGCAUUAUACAUGA